UCUCUCAAUUUCGCUGGGUCCUUCAAGUCUGUGGAGGGGCUUCUUGCGUUGAGUUCUCUACGUGGUCUGGUCCGUCAAGCUUAAUUUCUUGACGAAUUAGUCCCGGCAAUUUCUGAGUUUCUUUGCGAGUUCAGCUCAGAAAGAAAUGGCGCAACGCGCUCAAGUACCAAGAUUUGGCAGUUGGGAAAAUGAAGAUAAUGUUCCUUAUACAGCUUAUUUUGAGAAGGCACGAAAAGAUCGAACUGGCUCAAGGAUGAAUCCAAAUGUUCCUGAGCGGAAUCCAGAUUCAGUUCAUGAUAAUUCAUCUUCUUCUGAUCUCCCACCUACUGAACCCAUGGUUAAUUCAGAGGAUGAAAAUGGAAAAGGAUCAGCGAGAUCAACACUUGAAUUACAAAAGAGCACGGAUGAUGUUGCUCCUAAGCCUUCUACUGAUUUUCCAGCUCGUCAUGACAGUAUGGGUGAUAGAAGUGGCAAUGAUUCAACACAUCGUCAGGGAGUCGGUUCUGCUGACACUCGUCAGAAAUUUGCAAAACAAGGUACUGGGUCUGAGUAUAUUAUUGAACGCUCACCCCUUCAUCGCUUGGUGAAGACCCCAGGCAGAGAUAGUCCCUCUUGGGAAGGAAAGAAUUCCUACGACAGCAGCCAUGGUACACCAGGAAGAUCCCGACUCAGAACACCUCAUCGAGGCGAUGAAUCUCCUGACAAAGCUGCUGCUGUUCCCAAAUUUGGCGAGUGGGAUGAAAAUGACCCUGCAUCAGCUGAUGGUUAUACUCAACUUUUCAACAAAGUGAAGGAGGAGAGAGCUGGUGGCGGACAAGCGCCCGGCACACCCACUCAGAGACCAUAUAUUGUCCGGAACCAAGAUAUUAAAGACAAAGCAAAGAGUUGGUGCUUUGGCUGGUGCAAAUAAAGAUUUCUAGAAAGAGAUGAAUUGGAUUCUGAGCAGAAAGAGAGAUAAAAAGUAUUCUUGUGAUUGAUCAUGAGGUCUGUGGAGCACUUGUAAAUAUUCAAGGACGAAGGAUCUCAUGCUGCGGCAAAACAUCAAUGAAAUGCAUUGAUGGUAACUACUUUGUGAGACCAAACUGAAACCUGAUGCGAUUAUCAAGACCAAAAUAUACUUAAUAUAUAUAUAUAUAUAUAUAUAUUAUGAUUUGUUGAACAAAGGCACUUACCAAGAUUAUGGUUUUUAUUUCGUUUUCUUUUUAGCAAUUUGUUGUGUCAUUGCGUGCUUCGAGUUUCAACUUAAUAUUUAUUUAGCUGGAAUCUUAAACCAUUUUGAUUAUAUAAUUCUUUCCUAAUGAAUGGGUGGGUUGUUAAAUGGA